CCAGACUUUUACCGAAUUCCCCACACAGAUUCUCUGCCCACUCAAUCAAUAUUCUCUUUUUUUCGUGACAAGCCCAUUCUCUCAAUUAAAUCUACAUCGACAAAAAUUUCGGACUUCCUUCAACCACCGCAACCGUCCUACUAACCCUCAGUAAACACCGCUAAAAUGGGUCGCGUUCGUACAAAGACUGUCAAGAAGUCCGCCAAGGUCAUCAUUGAGCGGUACUACCCCAAGCUCACUCUCGACUUCGAGACCAACAAGCGUGUCUGCGAUGAGAUCGCUAUUAUCGCCUCUAAGCGACUACGCAACAAGAUUGCCGGAUACACCACCCACCUGAUGAAGCGUAUUCAGCGAGGACCUGUCCGUGGUAUCUCCUUCAAGCUGCAAGAAGAGGAGCGUGAGCGAAAGGAUCAAUACGUCCCCGAGGUCUCCGCCCUUGACUUCACCCAGAACACCGAGGCUGGCCAGCUUGACAUCGAUGUCGAGACCAAGGACCUAUUGAAGCACCUUGGCUUCGACAACGUCCCCGUCAACGUCGUUCCCGUCACCCAGCAGCAGACAGCUGAGCGACCCCGCCGAUUCGGCGACCGCGCCCCGCGAUAAGCGAUAGGAAUUUAAUAAUCCAAAAAGGCGACUUCAUGAAUUAAGGAUGAGGGUUUUACGGUAGUUGAUUUGGGCAACUGGCAUCGGUCUCACAUGGCUUUACGGCGUCUAUUCUGCUACGGAUGGGCCAUAGUAGGUACAUUCUAGAUCCGCAAUUGACGAGAUCUCUCCCACACAAGGUGUCCCUGAUUCUUCGGUACUCGCUGCUGGAGAUGACGGUUGAUGGCCAAUUUUUAUUCUCCCCUUGAUAUGUGAUUUGUGCUUGAACUUGAAUUUAACAUUAUUAGGUCCAUG